AUGGGCGGGUUCCGAGAUGUACCUCGUACACAUCGUUAUGGGUACAUUCCUUCUGACAUACCUCCUCGUUUCUCACCAAUGACAGCGCCAACAGCUGGCAUUGGUGUCAGCACCUACAAGUCCAGAGAAGGAAUGGUUGGUGAAAAGGUGAACACAUAUAGCCAAUUUGCUCGCAAUACAACGCAUCCGUCGGCAUUAGCUACCUCAACGCCUGUAGACUCCCCUGUCGGGACGGGCUUUUCGCAGAAGACUAAUGGAGUUCCAAUUUUUGACGACUCAUUUAUCAGCGCUAUCACAACUGGCAGUCGCCCAAACAAUGCGCAUGAGGAGUAUAAACGCCAAAUGACG